AUGAAGGCUUCCGUUUUCAGCAUGAUUCUUGCUCUCUCGAGCUCUGCCGCUGCCGCUCCAUUCUACUCCAAUGGAACCAAUGUGAAUUCCACUUCUUCAACCAUUUCUACUCCCUCGAGCACUGGGCUCUCUGCAUCCUCCUUUCUUCCCGUGUUUGGAUCAGAGCCGGCAUCCAUCCUGCCUAAGCGUAGCGGCCUGCCCGCUCUCCCAACGGAUCUGCCCUCGUUGAUCUCGGAUGCCGAGUCGGCUCUAGGGGCGCUUGCCUCAGCCGGAGCCCAGAAACGCGACGGAUCGUUGACAAUCCCGACCGAUCUCCCUUCCCUUAUUUCCGAUGUCGAGUCUGUUGCCGCAGCUCUCGCAUCCAGUAGAGCCCAGAAGCACAAGCGUGCUGAAUCCGCUGCCCUGCCCACAGACUUGCCCUCUUUGGUCUCCGAUGCUCAGUCCGCACUCGCUGCCCUUGCCUCUGGCGGUGCCCAGAAGCGUGAUGGUUCUCUCACUAUUCCCACCGAUCUACCUUCCCUGGUUUCUGACAUUGAGUCGAUUGCUGCUUUGGCUUCCAGUGGUGUCCAAAAGCGUGGCUUCACUUCGAAGGCUCGGCCUACCCCUACUGUCUCGUCUAGUGGCAUCCCUAGUGCUACUCCCACGGGUUCCAGCCCUUCGUCCGUCUUCGGGAGUUUCGUCUGA